AUGAGGAAAAUUUUAGAUGAUGGGAGGACGAAGCCAUAUCCGAAGGAUGAGUCGCAGCAAUUUCCAAAAGGGGAAAGUGUUUGCCUAUUUCGAGCAAAACGUCGUAAAAAGAAAAUUAGGACUGUGGUACAUGCUAAAGAAGUGAAUAAGUUCCAGCUAGCGUAUGCUAGUAUUUUGAAAGCCAAUAUAGAUAAUUUGAAGAAACGAGAAAGAAAAACGCCAAUGGAAAUAAAAUCAAAACUGGUAGGAGCUUCCAAAAAAAUGGUGAAAGUGUAA